UUGGUUUCCAUCUUGCUCCCCGCGUGUGUGCGCGCCCUGUCUCGCGGCUCCCUUGGAGGCCUUUUAAUCAGCUCUGCAUCACUUUCACAACCGCCUGCUGCGCGCAGAAGAUGAAAGAAUCAAUCAUGAAUCAAGAAAAAUUAGCCAAAUUGCAAGCUCAAGUGCGCAUUGGUGGAAAGGGAACAGCCCGCAGAAAGAAGAAGGUUGUCCACAGAACAGCUACUGCAGAUGAUAAAAAAUUACAGUUUUCCCUGAAGAAACUUGGAGUCAAUAAUAUAUCUGGUAUUGAAGAGGUAAAUAUGUUUACAAACCAAGGGACAGUUAUCCAUUUCAACAGCCCAAAAGUCCAGGCUUCCUUGGCAGCAAAUACUUUCACCAUUACAGGCCAUGCUGAGACCAAGCAACUCACAGAGAUGUUACCAAGUAUCCUAAACCAGCUGGGAGCAGACAGUCUAACUAGCUUAAGGAGACUUGCUGAGGCUUUGCCUAAACAAUCGGUCGAUGGGAAAGCACCACUUGCUACCGGGGAGGAAGAGGAUGAUGAAGUUCCAGAUCUUGUUGAAAACUUUGACGAGGCUUCAAAGAAUGAGUCUAUCUGAAUAGCAGAUCGCCGAAGAAUCAGAACCUGAAAAGACAAAUUAAGCUGCUAUUUUCUAUUGUGAUGGCAUACGUUGUUUUUU